AUGCCCCUGAAUUUUGUGUCAGUAGAUUCAGAGUUCUGCGGAUUUUGUGGCGCCAUACUUCAAAUGCCUCAGUUUGCACCAUCUACGAUUGCGUGCAAGGUGUGCGGUAGUGAAUGGCAUGUUCCUGAAAAACUUAAUCAUCUGGUGUGCAGAAUAGAAAAGAUUUAUGAACGAACCGUAGCUGAUACAGAAGGAGUCGAACAAGAUGAUGCGGGCGAUGCGGUUGUGGAACAUAUAUGUAGCAAAUGCGGGCACAAUAAGGCGUCGUACUCGACGAUGCAGACAAGAUCGGCGGAUGAGGGUCAAACAGUGUUUUAUACCUGCUUAAAAUGCAAAAGGAAAGAUAUAGAAUAUUCAUGA